UGCAAUUUCAGUCGAUCUCCGCGUUGCAGCGUUGCAUGAACUCAAUCAAACUCUCUCGUGCGAAACAGAAAGUUGUACCACACACAAAUUAUAAACUUUUUUUGGUGAAUGCCUUUACGGAAAUAAUUAGUGAGCAAAACGGGCAGCAACAACAACUGUAACAAACAAACAACAACAACAAAAAACACCCUAAAUAAAACGGAACGGGAACAAAAUUCCCCAAAACGCAUUCGAAAUUGUAAAUUGAACUUUUAUUGAACAACAACAUUGCCAAAUGGUGUCAAGCGCGGCCUAGAAAAAGAAAUAAAAUGAAAUGAAAUAAAACACCCCGAGCACACGAAUUCCGAGCACGUUGCAGACAACAUUACGCAAACAGCAACUAAAACAGCAACAACAACAACAGCGACAACAUUUGAACAGCUGACUUUCGUUCAAUGAACGGUUAAAAGAGCCAAAAGUUACACAAAUGCAGACAAAGCUCCCCCUUACGCUUACCAUUCCCAUUCCAAUUUGACUUUUCAAUGUAAGUGCAUCUCAGCGGAGAGAGGAGAGCUUUGACAACUGAACUUGAAAGUGAAAGUGAAAGAGAGAAAGAGAUAGCUAAGCAGCUGCGGUGAUAGACAGAGCGCGAGCAAAAGAAAAAGACUUGAGCUGUGCUUAGAGAAUAAGAGUGUAAGAGAGAGAGUGAGAGAGCGGCAGCAGGAGUUUGCCAACGGAAUAAGAGAGCGAAAGCAGAAGCAGAAUCAGCCGAUUAAGAGGGAGAGAGAGAUUAACAGUUGCAGCAGCUUUUGCUGGAGUGCCAACGACAUCUCAGAGCAUCAGCCAAGGUCAGCCGAUCCAUCCACCCAGACAGCAGCAGCAGCAGCAGCAGCAUGAGCAAUCCCCAGGAGACGGAGCACGUGUACGCGGUGAAGGCGCCCCAUGCGGGCGAGCAGGGUCACACUUUCGUUGUGAGUCCCGUGCUGACGCCACUGCCAGCCGCACCAAUUCCAUUGCCAGCUGCACCCAUUCUGACAGCUGUGCCCGUGAUGAAGCCCCGGGUUGCGCCGGCAUCCGAGGAGCGUCAGAUGGAAGACGAAGAUGAGCAACCUUGCUGCAGCUCCAGCUCGCAGGCGGUCGUGCCGCUCUCCUCAUCGCUGCCCUCGAAGCUGCUGCGUUUCCACGCCAAGCGCUCGGCGCAGGCACUGCUCCACCAGAUGGAAUCGCUGGACUCGCAGCUGGGCAGCAGCGGCGGAAGCCUAUCGGAGGACACCUCGCCCAGUGCGCCGCCAAUGUCGCCGGCAAGCGGCGACCAGCUGCUGGUGGAUGUGGGCAUGGGCUCCUCCAUUGGCGACUCCGAGGAAUCGGAGGAGGACGAUGAGCUGAAGCCCCUGGCCGUGGACAAUCACAUUAUGCACGAGGUGGACCUCUCCGAGCGCCAAACCACGCCGCCGGCCGUGCUCAGCGAGGCAAAUCUGGAGAAGUUCCGCAAGCACCAGAUGGACAACAUUUACCUCCAUCCGAACUUCACGAUGGACACGUCGCCGCCGCCAGCUGUGGCGCCCGCGAACUCGCCCGUGCCCGAGCCACGCCGCGAGCAUCGUUCGUUCCUUGCCCUGAAGAAGGAGAAGGAGGCGGAGGAGAGGGUCAUCGUGGACCCAGUGGAGGCGAGCGGCCAGUUGCCCAACGAGAUUGACAACAUGGAUCCCUCGCUCAUUCCCAGCGAGGAGCUGGCCACCGAGAUCACCGACGCCGUGGAGUUUUACUUCUCCAACGAGAGCAUCCUCAAGGACGCCUUCCUGCUGAAGCACGUGAGGCGCAACAAGGAGGGCUACGUCAGCCUCAAGCUGGUGUCCAGCUUCAAGCGCGUGCGCCAGCUGACCCGCGAGUGGAAGACCGUGGGCGAUGCAGUGCGUCGCAAGUCGCGCAAGAUCGAGCUGAACGACCAGGGCACGAAGGUGCGACGCAUCGACCCGCUGCCCAGCUUCGACGAGACGAUGCCCUCGCGCACCAUCGUGGCCUGCGACCUGCCCAUGGACAAGCUGACCAUCGAAAAGGUUUCCGACUUGUUCUCCAGGUGCGGCGAGAUCGCCCUGAUCCGCAUCCUCAAGCCGGGCAUGGCCAUACCCGUGGAUGUGCGCCAGUUCAUGAACAAGUACCCGGAGCUGCAGCAGAAGGAGUGCGCCCUGGUGGAGUAUCUGGAGUCCUCCUCCGCACGCGACGCUCGCCACCUGAGCGGCCCCUUCCAGGUCUACGAGAUGGUCGCCCCCAAGAAGAAGACGGGCAAGAAGGCGGCCGUCAUCCAGGUCGCCGCACCCGUCGCCCGCAUGGUGGAGAACUAUCGCUACUACAACGACGCCAGCUACGAGAGAUCGCGCGGCGGCAGCUUCUCCGGCCACGAGACCAUGCCGGAUCUGCGCUUCAAGCUGAAGCGCAACAACUCGGACUUCCAGCAGAGCUUCUACCAGGCGUCAGUGCCCCACUUCCACGGUGGACAUGGCAAUGGCAAUCCCUACCAGCACUACCAGCCCAGGGGCAGCAUCGGCAACCAGGAGGGCGGCGCUCCGGCUGGUUUUUUCUCCUAUGCACCCAGACGGUACAGCAACACGUCGACCAUCUCAGCCAACACGGCGGCCGGCUUGGGCGAUGGCUUGCCCUCGCCCUCUGCUGUCGUCGGUCCGCCCAGUGCGCCCGGUAAUCCGGUGUCCAGCAUGAGCAGCCUGCAGCGGCGUCUGUCCAACUGCUCGGAUCAGAACUACAGCGCGGAGGCGAAUGCCCCCAUGUCGCGCAGGACCAGCAACUGCUCGGAGACGGGUGCUCCGCAGCGGCGGGACUCCAACUGCUCGGACAGCUGUCCCUGCUCGAGGCGCGUCUCGGACUUUGGGCAGUCGGACACGGCCUACCGCAAGACCUCCGUCUGCUCGAACGGCAGCUGCCAGGGCAACGGCAACGCCAAUGGCAGCGGCAGCGGCAGCGGCAGCGGGGAGCGCCGCUUCUCCAACGGAUCCAUGCAGUUCGAGCGAACCUUCUCGAAUGCCAGCGAGAGCAACGGCGGCUUCUAUCGUCGCCCCUCCAACGACUUCAACCUGGAGCGCGAGCCAAUAUCCACGGAUCAGAUGGUGGGUGGCGGCGGUGGCGGCUACCAGGUGUGGCCACGCCGCUACUCCAACAACUUCCAGCAGCUGAGCAACAAGCUGGCGGCCUACGACAAUGCCCAGUACAUUGCCGGACGUCGCAUAUCCACGGACUCGGGCUACGAUCGUCGCUACUCCUUCGGAUCGGAGGGAUUCGAGGGAUCGCCACGCUCCCGCACCGGCAGCUUCCUGAGCAACUACAAGCACGGCGGCGGCGAUGGCUACGACGGACAGCCGCGAUCUCGCACUGGCAGCUUCCUGGACGGAUCCCCACGCUCCAGGUCCGGUUCCUUUGCCCAACGUGCCGCAGAGAGUCUCGUGCGCACGCCCAUAGGACCCGAUGGCAGCAAGGGUUUCGGUCAGCGUGCCAGGAAAUUCGGCCAGGAUGUGUCGCCCGUUAACUAGAGCAGAGAUCUGGGGAGUUGCGGAUGGAUUGUUGACUAGUUUUAGUGGGAACUUUUGUGAAAUUAAUGGCUGUUCACUGUGAUGCUGUCCACCCUGUAAUAUGUACGUAUGUCCCACACACACCCACACUUGGAAAUGGUUAACUCUUGCUCAAGAUCAAAUCUAUAAUCCAUAUAUAAAUCAUUCUUGUACGCAACACUGCCAGCACUUAAAGAUCGUAGCAACGAUUCGUUAGAUUAGGGCUCUAAACGGGCAUUAUUCAGUUGAUAGAUGUAUCGCAUAUCGAUCGUUAUGUUUUCGCAAACUAUUUUAUAACCUGUUGACUACUUAUAUAGGAAGAUAUGUAUGUACCCCCUCCAUGGGUUGACAUGCCAACUUUUACCAGUGUUUUUUUAUAUCGUUCAUAAAAAAAGCAACUUAAUUAGAAGUAGAAAUAGAAGUAGGAUAUUGAAGUACCAUACCAAGUGGCUGCCAUAAAUACAGUUCUUAAAAUGUGGACAUAACACGGAUGCAAUUGGCGAAAGGUGCGCAAAAUUAACAUUGAUUAGAGUCUCAGGUCCAUAGAUGAAACAAUCAGUGAGCAAGAGGC